GAAGAGUACUACCAGGUUGUUCCGCCGCAGAACACUGGAUUCUAGGCAAUCCUUCCGGGUGUUUCUGCGGGGCGGUGGCCAUGGAGCCGCGGCAUGUGCUUGUUGACCCGCUGUGAUGAUGAUCGUGACCGGGGUCUCAAGCGGAUAGCGCCAUGGCAUUGGGACUAUAUCUCCUCGAAGCCUGUCGUUCCAGGAAUGUUGAGUUCUCGGCGGCUCUGGCCAAACCCCCACGAGAUCUCUUGCAGAAAUCAUGGCGCCCUCCACUACCAAGCAAUGGAUUUUGGCGUCCAAGCCAUCAGGAGCCCCGGUCCUGUCUGGCCCCGACGCAACGUUCAAACUGCAGACGGCAGAAGUGCCGGCGCUGAACGAGGGUCAGGUGUUGGCCAAGGUCCAGUACUUCUCCAAUGACACCGGGUUGCGCAAUUUCAUCGCCAGCACGGUGGCCCCGGAGCGGCUCUAUGUGCCCACAGUACCCGUCGGCUCCCCGAUGCGCUCCGGUGUCAUCGCCGAGGUCGUCGAGUCUGCGUCGCCCUCUUAUAAGCCGGGUGAUCUGGUGAUGGACUUCCACCUCGGCAUCUGGAGCGAGUACAUCGUGCUGGAAGCAGCGACGUGCCAGCCUCUCGCCCCUCUUCCCAACGGACUCCCAGUGACCCAUUUCCUGGGCGCCUUCGGUGCGUCCGGCCUGGCAGCCUACGGCGGGCUCUACUUCGCAGGCGAGGCCAAGCCGGAGCAUACGAUCGUGAUCUCCGCGGCUGCAGGCGCGACGGGCUCCAUGGCCGUCCAGAUCGCCGUCAAGCUGCUCAAGGCGAAGAAGGUCAUCGGCAUCGCGGGGUCGGACGAGAAGUGCGCCUGGGUCAAGGACCACCUCGGCGCGCACGAGUGCGUCAACUACAACAGCCCAACCUUCCGUCAGGACCUCGAGGCCGUCACGCCGGACGAGGUGGACGUUUACUUUGACAACGUCGGCGGGUUCGUGCUCGACACGGUGCUGACGCGGGUCAAGAGGUUUGGGACGGUCGCUGUCUGCGGUGCCGUCGCGUCGUACAACGCGCAGGACAAGCCAAUGGAGCUGAGCAACUGGUUCGAGGUCAUCUCCAUGAGGAUCACAAUCAGGGGGUUCAUCAUGCUGGAUUACAUGGACAAGGCACCGCAGAUCCUUGGGGAGCUCAUCGGUGCUGCUGCCGACGGGACGAUCAAGCUGGACCAGGGCGAGACUGUUGUCGAGGCGAGGCUCGAGGAGCAGCCUGAGAUCUGGAUGCGACUAUUUAGCGGAAAGAACCAAGGAAAGCUCCUGACCAAGUUGAUCGUGGACUGAGGAGACCGUAGACGUGGUCUGGAUGGGUCAGCCAGUUGCCUUGAUAGCUGGCGAGGAUGGGAAAUCAAUGACUGUCAUAAACAUGCUAUAGAAC